AUGGAGACUCCGAUCAGGAACGAGGAGAUAACAACCCCUCGUCCCAUUUUGGUCCAACCGGUCGGCACGCCUGUUCUCUCGCAAAACAAACCGAUCAAGUCGUCCUCGAAUCCGCCGACGCCGUUAGACAGUCCCUUCCAUGCGGCGACUAUUGUUCGUCCAAGUACAGUUUCAGCACCUCCCUUCUCGUUCUCUUAUCUGAAUGUUUUUGAGGGUCCUCUGCCCGAUCUCUGCAAGUGAUGAUUCCAAUUCACGUGGAAGGGGAGGAAGAGCCGAAAAAGGCGUUGAAGGUGCAGCCGGACAACUGGGUUGACUGUCCGUUCAAGGUUCACGGGUGUCAUAAGAAAGGCGAGAAGACGGAUGUGAAGAGGCAUGUCCGUGACGAUCGGUAUGUUCGCAUCUAGUCCGAGUCAUCGGUGACCUACUACAGUAACCUGCAUCUGGUGCUCUUAUGCCAAUCACUCAAUCCGAUUCGUUCAAAAAUCAACACCCAACAAUCGGCGUACGUGGACAAGUACGUCGGAAUGCUUCAGUACAUGAACUCGGCGGACUCUGCCUUCGAGAAGUUCGGGUACGGGAUUGUGUCAGGCACUUUAUAAUUGACGAUUUUCCAGAAGUCAGCACACAUUCCACAUUCCGAAGAUCGGACUGGCCAUUGUGAAGGCAACGAAGAGCAAAUCGCAUCGUUCUCUGUUCAGCCAGCCGUUCUACUCGCACGGAUACGGCUACAAGAUGAUGGCCGUCGCGGCGCCGUACGGAGAUGGACUCGGUCUGAGCGGAACAAGAGAUCACAGGGUAAACGGUCAUUUCAGCAUUCCGCGAGUACUUUUCUGUGUUCGUUUGUCUGCUGAAAGGCGAGUGGGACGACGUGCUCGAGUGGCCUUUCCGAUGCGAUGUCAGCUUUUCGAUCGUGUCGAGCGACAGGAAGGAAUUGAGUGAGUUUAUGAAUCCAAAGCAAGGUAAUCGGUGGGAACUAUUAAAGUGACCAAAACGAUCGACGUGAACGAGACGGCGGAGAUUCGAGAGUUCUUGGAGCGACCUCAUGGAUUGCGAAACGGAACGUUCGGCUUUCAGGUGAGCAUUCCCCGCACUUCCCGUUCAUGUAACUAUUUUAGAACUUCCUGCCAUUGGCGAAUGUGGGGGAAUUCUCUUCCGAUGGAGACAUCUUCAUCCAGAUCAAAGUUCUGCUCAGCGGAGAGAAAUUGUACCAAGCGAAAGAGGUUUGAGAAAAGGGACGGGCAACGGAGAGAAUUAUUGAAUUCAGAUCGACUCGUCGCAAUGUCAGGGAGCCGAAGUUGCAGGGGAAAAGACGAAGAAUGAAUGA